AUGGUUACUAAAGGAGGAUUACCUGGACAUCCUGCUCAAUUUUUGAUAGAGAAAGCUCUCAUCUUUUCAAAGGAAGGAAAGGUAGAUGACUUUGAAGUUGUAUUUGCCUUGCUUGUUUAUGGAUUGUUCUUGUUUCCAAAUAUUGAUAACUUUGUUGAUAUGAAUGCAAUCAAAGUCAUCAUGAAAGGAAACCCUGUUCCUACUUUGCUUGGGGACACUCACUACUCCAUCAACUUCAGAAAUUCCUAUGGAAAGGGAAUGAUCACCUAUUGUACUCCUUUUCUAUACAAGUGGUACAUAUCUCAUUUCCUAAUUACCAAUGAUUGUUGGGACCUUCAAGAAGGACAAAUAUGGUAUCAAAAGAUUAUGACUCUCAUCAACACAGAUAUAGUUUGGACUAAAAAAUAUUUCUGUAGGAUAAAGACCCUGGAUUGCUGUGGUGAUUUUCCUAAUGUACCUCUUCUUGGUAUAAAGGGAGGAAUCAGUUAUAUCCCUAUUUUAACUCAUCAUCAAUUUGGUUUUCCUAUGGACAAGAGACCGAGGAAUAUCUUGUUGGAUGGAUUCUUCUUUGAAGAAGGGAUAGGAAACAAAGAGUUUAGAGAAAGGAUUGCUAUUUUUUGGCAUCCAAGUCAUAGAAAAGAAAUCAAAGAUUGGAAAACCAAAGGAGAUCUCUCACCUGAGGAUGCCUUAUCUUCCUGA